UGUCUGCGAAGUGAUUUCCCCCCCCCCCAAAGGCAAAUGGCUGGCGUAGGGGCAUAAGCCGCCUCCAUUCUUCGGGCUUCUCUUUUGCAUCUUGGGACCCGUGACCGUCAUGCUGCGAUGUGUGCCGGGGAGGACUUGAAAUUGCCACAGCCGUCCUACUCAGCAACCACCACCCUGAGCAGACAGCAGCCAUCAACCUCAAGACCCUCUCCCAGAAAAAAGAUGACUCCCUGAAAGCUCAAAAUGAUGGUUAGCAUUUUUUAGCAAUAGAGCAUUUUAAAUUAAGAUCACCUGCACAACCUGGAUCUUGCUGCAUAUUGGACAUGACUGAGUUUCUUCAAUGGGCCAGAUACCACUGGCAGCGACUGAUCGGUGGCGCACCCAGGAACAAUGAUGAGAGGCCAUACAACUACUCCUCUCUGCUUGCUUGUGGGGGCAAGUCCUCUCCAAACCCCAAACUGGCAGGAAAGCACCGGAUUGUUGUUCCCCACCUCCGGCCCUUUAAGGAUGAGUAUGAAAAGUUCUCUGGAACCUAUGUGAAUAACCGAAUACGAACGACAAAGUACACACUUCUGAAUUUUGUGCCACGAAAUUUAUUUGAACAAUUUCACAGGGCCGCCAAUCUAUAUUUCCUGUUUCUAGUUGUCCUGAACUGGGUGCCUUUGGUAGAAGCCUUCCAGAAGGAGAUUACCAUGCUGCCUCUGGUGGUGGUCCUUACAAUCAUAGCAAUUAAAGAUGGCUUGGAAGACUACCGAAAAUACAAAAUUGACAAACAGAUCAACAAUUUAGUAACUAGAGUUUACAGUAGGAAGGAGAAAAAAUACGUCGACCAGUGCUGGAAAGAUGUCACUGUAGGGGACUUUAUUCGCCUUUCCUGCAAUGAGGUCAUUCCUGCAGAUAUGGUCUUACUCUUUUCCAGUGAUCCAGAUGGGAUCUGUCACAUUGAGACUUCUGGUCUUGAUGGAGAGAGCAACUUAAAACAGAGACAGGUGGUUCGGGGAUAUGCAGAGCAGGACUCUGAAGUUGAUCCUGAGAAAUUUUCCAGUAGGAUAGAAUGUGAAAAUCCAAACAAUGACCUCAACAGAUUCCGAGGCUUCCUAGAACAUUCCAACAAAGAACGCGUGGGUCUCAGUAAAGAAAAUGUACUGCUCAGAGGGUGCACCGUCAGGAACACAGAGGCCGUUGUGGGCAUUGUGGUUUAUGCAGGCCAUGAAACCAAGGCAAUGCUGAACAACAGUGGUCCGAGGUACAAGCGCAGCAAAUUAGAAAGAAGAGCAAAUACAGAUGUCCUCUGGUGUGUCCUACUUUUGGUUUUGAUGUGUUUCACUGGUGCACUGGGUCAUGGAAUCUGGUUGAGUAGAUAUGAAAAUAUACUCUUCUUUAAUAUCCCUGAGCCUGAUGGACAUGUCAUAUCACCAAUGUUGGCAGGAUUCUAUAUGUUUUGGACCAUGAUUAUUUUGUUACAGGUCUUGAUUCCCAUUUCUCUCUAUGUUUCCAUUGAAAUUGUGAAGCUUGGACAAAUAUAUUUUAUUCAAAGUGACGUGGAUUUCUACAAUGAGAAAAUGGAUUCUACUGUUCAGUGCCGAGCCCUGAACAUCGCCGAGGAUCUUGGACAGAUUCAGUACCUCUUUUCUGAUAAGACAGGAACCCUCACUGAGAAUAAGAUGGUUUUUCGAAGAUGUAGUGUGGCAGGCUUUGAUUACUGCCAUGAAGAGAAUGCCAAGAGGUUAGAGUCCUAUCAGGAAGCAGCCUCUGAAGAUGAAGAUUUUGCAGGCGCUCCCAGCGGCUCCCUCAGCAAUAUGGCAAAACUGAAGGCCCCCAGCUGCAGGGCAGUUCAUAAUGGGCCUUUGGGAAGUAAAUCCCCAACUCAUCUUGCUGGGAGCUGUUUUACUCUAGGAAGUGGAGAAGGAGCCAGUGAAGUGCCUCACUCCAGACAGGCUGCAUUCAGUAGCCCCAUUGAAACAGACGUGGUACCAGACACCAGGCUCUUGGACAAAUUUAGUCAGAUUACACCUCAGCUUUUUAGCCCACUGGAUGAGACUAUUCCAAGUCUGCCACUGGAAACUUUGUACAUUGUUGACUUCUUUAUUGCAUUGGCAAUUUGCAACACAGUAGUGGUUUCUGCUCCAAACCAACCGCGACAAAAGAUUGGACUCUCUUCACUAAGUGGAAUGCCCAUUAAGUCCUUGGAAGAGAUUAAAAACCUCUUCCAGAGAUUGUCUGUGCGAAGAUCAAGCUCACCGUCUCUUGCCAGUGGGAAGGAGCCAUCUUCUGGGGUCCCAAACCCCUUUGUGAGCAGACUCUCUCUCUUCAGUCGAGUGAAACCUGUUUCACCUGUGGAGGAAGAGGCCUCCCAGAUGAGAGCGAGCCCCCAGGCCUCUAGUAACUCAGCUUGCCCUACAGAGGUGGAGAUACAAACUAGUGAUGCAAGUGUCACAAAUGGCAAGGCGGAAUCCCUCCCUGGACAGCCCUUAGCCUCCAACCUGUGUUACGAGGCCGAGAGCCCAGACGAAGCAGCCCUAGUGUAUGCCGCCAGGGCUUACCGGUGCACUUUGCAGUCCCGGACACCGGAGCAGGUCAUUGUGGACUUUGCUGCUUUGGGACCAUUAACAUUUCAACUCCUACAUAUCCUGCCCUUUGACUCAGUAAGAAAAAGAAUGUCUGUUGUGGUGCGGCACCCCCUUUCCAACCAAGUUGUGGUGUAUACAAAGGGGGCUGAUUCUGUGAUCAUGGAGCUGCUCUCCGUGGCUUCCCCAGAUGGAGCAAGUCUGGGAAACCAGGAGAUGAUGAUAAGGGGGAGAACCCAGAAGCACCUGGACGAGUAUGCCGAGCGCGGCCUGCGCACUCUGUGCAUAGCAAAGAGGGUCAUGAGUGACACUGAAUAUACAGAGUGGCUAAGGAAUCAUUUUUUAGCUGAAACCAGCAUUGACAACAGGGAAGAAUUACUUCUUGAAUCUGCCAUGAGGUUGGAGAACAAACUAACCUUACUUGGUGCUACUGGCAUCGAGGAUCGUCUGCAGGAGGGAGUCCCUGAGUCUAUAGAAGCCCUUCACGAAGCUGGCAUCAAGAUCUGGAUGCUGACAGGGGACAAGCAGGAGACCGCUGUCAACAUAGCUUAUGCAUGCAAACUGUUGGCGCCAGAGGACAAGCUCUUUAUCCUCAAUACCCAAAGUAAAGAUGCCUGUGAGAUGCUAAUGGGCACAAUUUUGAAAGAACUUCAGAAGAAGAAUCCAGUCUCUGCCAAGCAAGCAUCAUUAAGUGAGGACUUACACCAGCCUCCUGCUGCCCAGGACCCAGGGCUGCGGGCUGGACUCAUUAUCACUGGGAAGACCCUGGAGUUUGCCCUACAGGAGAAUCUGCAGAGGCAGUUCCUGGAGCUGACUGCUUGCUGUCAAGCUGUGGUCUGCUGCCGAGCCACGCCCCUGCAGAAGAGUGAGGUGGUGAAACUGGUACGCAACCACCUCCGAGUGAUGACCCUGGCCAUCGGUGAUGGUGCCAAUGACGUCAGCAUGAUACAAGUGGCAGACGUUGGGAUAGGGAUCUCAGGUCAAGAAGGCAUGCAGGCUGUGAUGGCCAGCGACUUUGCUGUUUCUCAGUUUAAACAUCUCAGCAAGCUCCUUCUUGUCCAUGGGCACUGGUGUUACACACGGCUUUCCAACAUGAUUCUCUAUUUUUUCUACAAGAAUGUGGCCUACGUGAACCUCCUUUUCUGGUACCAGUUCUUUUGUGGGUUUUCAGGAACAUCCAUGACAGACUACUGGGUUUUGAUCUUCUUCAACCUACUUUUCACAUCUGCCCCUCCUGUCAUUUAUGGUGUUUUGGAGAAAGAUGUGUCUGCAGAGACCCUCAUGCAGCUGCCUGAACUUUACAAGAGUGGUCAGGGAUCAGAGGCUUACUUACCCCUUGCCUUCUGGAUCACCUUACUGGACGCCUUUUAUCAAAGCCUGGUCUGCUUCUUUGUGCCUUACUAUACCUACCAGGACUCAGAUAUUGACAUCUUUACAUUUGGAAACCCACUGAAUACAGCUGCUCUGUUCGUCAUUAUCUUCCACCUGGUAAUCGAAAGCAAGAGUUUGACCUGGAUCCACAUGCUGGUCAUUGUUGGUAGCAUCUUGUCUUAUUUUGUCUUCACCUUGGCUUUUGGAGCCAUGUGUAUAACGUGCAACCCACCGUCCAACCCCUACAGGAUUAUGCAGGAGCACAUGCUGGACCCAAUGUUCUACUUAGUUUGUGUCCUCACAACUUGCGUUGCUCUUCUACCCAGGUUUAUAUACCGCAUUCUUCAGGGAUCCCUGUUUCCAUCUCCAAUUCUGAGGGCCAAGCACUUAGACAGACUGACGCCAAAGGAGAGGACGGAAGCUCUCAAGAAGUGGAGAGGGGCUAGAAAGAUGACUCAAGUGACAUCUAAGUAUGCUGAUUACUCAGCUGACAAGUCAGAGAGAAGACCUAUGUCUGGUCCUUCUGCUGUCUUGGCAAUGAUGCCAGCAACUUCUUGUGCUGUUGAGCGAAGAAACGUAUGUCUAUGUGAAACUGCUUUAGACUCAGACUACUCUGAAACUAAGGCCUCAGGGAUGGCUGGACCCUCAAAGGGUUAAAAAAUAUUGUACCCUCCUUGGGGUUGCAAGUAUUCCUUCAGGUUUGGAAGAGGAACUUCGAAGAGGCACCUCCACUAAUCAGGGAUGACUUGGAUUUUCCUUAAGGUGCGUGAACAGUUUACUGGACUUGAAGGAGUGAAUGUGAUGACCUUUAUUGUAUGUUUAUAGAUACAUUUGUAAAAGAGGUUAGAGUUUGACCUGGACAGCAUUUAGGGAAGUGAAAAAUUUAAUUCAGAAUUAAAUGCUUUUAUGAAACUUUUUGGAUUUUGUAAAAGUAUUUUAGUUGUCUUAGAAAUGCAAACAUUUUCAAGGGGAUUCAUUUGAGACAUAUUUAUUUUACUGGGAGAGCUCUGAUUCCAGGGAAAUGCUUUGAAUGAGCAUACUCUAAUUGAAUGAUUUUAAUUAAGAAAACAGUGUUUAGAUUGAUUAGUUAGAACUCAGAGGAAAUUUCCACAUGAAAAAAAUGUUAUCAGUGGUUUACAGAGAAAAAAUUACCAGGAACCUUUUAAACAACAAUGUACCCAAAAUUGGGUAAUAAUUCUACUAGUUGAAAUAUAGCUAGCAAUUAUUAAUAGCUUUUUAUUUCCUUUGGUCUUCUGACUGAAGAUGUUAGGCAUACCUCUCUGCUCAUUUCAGUGUUCUCCUGAGGAGCCUGUAUUGGCAGGGGUGAGGGAUACCAAGGUUCCAUAGGAAUGUGUUCUUCUCUCAGCUUCCAGUCAGAAGAUGACCUUUUAAGAGGUCUGCCUUUGUGCAGAUGUUAUCAGCUGGGAAACAGAGGCCAAGGUAAGGAAGACAGAAUCAACUGAGUCUACAGCCCAUUUGGCAAUUUCCUAUAUUCUGAAACUAACAAAAACAUGAUCAAAAUGAGGCAAUUUAAAAACAAUCUCAAGAGAUUAUUUGAGGGUUCAUAGUCUUUAAAAUACCCAACAACUUUUCUUGUAUUGUAACCUCUAAAAAUGAGGUAUUAUAAUUUGAGACUAAUACAAGUGAUUCUCAGAGGAUCCCAUGAGAUUCUUAGAAAAAAAAAAAUACUUUUGAAUAUAUUUUAGGACAGAAAUGUCUAAAGCCAAGUAAUUGCUGCUGCAAAUCAUGUAAACUGGCUUUAGUUGGACCAAAGAAACUAAUGCUCCAUGUCUAAAUCAAGGUCUUCUUAAUGACUAUUAAACUAUUAUUCUCAGGGUUCAAUAUUCUACCUGCUACCUACUGUCCUGGUCUGACACUUUUUGUACUUCUGUUAUUGCAAAUAGUCUUUUUAUAUAGACUGAUUUCUAGAACUUUCAAAAUCCCAUAAGGCUAAUGGAGGUUGUGUUCUGUUUUCUUAUGAUUUUUUAAAAAAUAAACUGUUUGGCAAAUAA